AUGGAUACGAUCAAGAAGCGAAAGAUUGACGAUAACGGCGUCAUAAUUGUCGACACAGAUGCCUUCAUCCCUUACAAACUCACUCUAGAACAUGCCGGCAAAAUUAUCGAGCCCUUUUCUCAUGAACAGUUGUUGGAAAUUGUUCAAAACGCCGUUAUCCGUCACCCAGAUGUGCUUGACGCCGUUAGGUCCAUAGCUGACCGGGAUGUGACCCAGCGGAAGCUAUUCAUCCGUGGACUCGGAUGGGAGACAACCACAGAUGAACUUCGUGCUCUGUUCUCGGGCUAUGGUGAGUUAGAUGAGGCGGUGGUUAUUCUCGACAGGGCUACGGGUAAGUCAAAGGGUUAUGGGUUUAUUACUUUUAAGCAUGUUGAUGGUGCUAUGUUGGCUUUGAAGGAGCCGAGUAAAAAAAUUGAUGGUAGGAUGACGGUUACCCAGCUCGCAGCGGCUGGUAUGUCUGGGGGAAGUGGGCCUGGGGUGGGUAAUGUUGGGGGAGGAAAUAAUCAAGUGGAUGUGUCGGCGAGGAAGAUUUAUGUGGCGAAUGUGCAUCAUGAUAUGCCUGCUGAGAGGCUGUUGCGGCACUUUUCCAUGUAUGGGGAGAUAGAGGAGGGGCCUUUGGGGUUUGAUAAGGCAACGGGGAAGUCCAAGGGGUUUGCUCUGUUUGUUUAUAAGACAGCCGAAGCUGCGAGGGCUUCACUUGUGGAUCCUAUGAAAAAUAUUGACGGGCAUCAGCUAAAUUGUAAGCUGGCGAUUGAUGGGAAAAGAGGGAAGCCUCCCAUGAUGGGGGCUGCCGGACCUGUUGGAGUUCAGCAGGUGGGUAAUGCAGAUGGGACUGGGGGGACAAUCUCGGGUGGACAGUAUGGUGGAAUUGGUGGGCAGUAUACUGGAUUUUCGAGGCCUUUGGGUGUUGGUGGUGGUGUAGGUGGUCAGGCGAUCCCAGCAGUUGGAAGCCAGGCUGCAGGGUUGAAUUUGGGGCUUGGUGGUGGGUUUGGAUCCGCAGUUGGUGGGCCUUAUGCCGGUGGGACCAAUUCUGUUGGGCCUGGUGCAACUGGGUAUAAUGGACUGGGCAUUUCUGGUGGUGGGUUAGGUGGUGCUGGUGAUGGAUAUGGUGGGGUAAGAGCUGGAUUGGGGGGUUCUGGUGGUGGAUCGGGUGGACUUGGAGGUGGACUGGGUAGUGGACCAGGUGGAGUAGGAGGUGGAUUGGGUGGUGCAGGUCUUGGGUCAUCAUUGUAUGGUUUACCACUAAGCUCAGCUGGAACAGGUUCAGGAGAUUAUUCACGGAGUGCACAAUACAGCUUGUCAUCUGGUGGGUAUCAAAGCCAGCAUAAUCAGCCUGCAGGAACAUCACCAGCACCUAGGGUUCCGCCUGGGGGAAUGUAUCAAGGGAUGCACCCUUACUACUAA